UAUGUUGCAGUUUGUUCCUGCUUUGCUGUUGUGAAUACUUUGCAUGCAACCUGGGUGCUUACUCCAUAGAACUGCAACCACUUUGCACUCUGGGCCAGAUCCAGCUCUUUUCUCUACUUUUUACUGGAUGCCAGCUGCAGGGGAGCCCAUGUGAUUCUGUUCGAUAAUUAGUGCGUGAGGGGAUAAAAUAUGAGGAGCUUUAGCAUGAGUGCAUGGAACAGAUUGGAGCUCUAUAAACUUUCCCUGCUAUGGAGGGGAAUUGGAGGUAAAAGAUAAUUGGUUGGUGGUAACCAGAGUAUAAAUGUCAAUGAAUUAUUAGCCAUGUGGAUGUAUGUUUCAGCUGGAACUUGAAUGAAGGAAUUAGCAACCACAGACAGUUCAGUUACCUGAUUCUCCUGCAGUCUGACAGGGAUUGGGACUCUUAAAGGAAGCGGAGAAGAGGCUUUCACUUGGAAGUUGCUUAUGGGACUAUGGCUUGUAUCCUUGGACUUUGAUAACGUGAGACUUCCUCCUCCAACACGCGCUCUCAAGGCCAACAUUGCAGUUAAGGAAAAUGGAGCUUGCAGAUCUACUGAAAUUUGCCUUCAUAGAAAUGAAUGGUACAGCAGUAACUGUGGCUCUGCUGGUGGGCUUCCUAGUCCUACUGUAUUGGUACUCCAUUUCUGCCUACUCCAGGCUGAAGAGGGUGGGGGUCAGACAUCCUCCACCUUUGCCUUUCAUUGGAAACCUGCUGUUUUUUCGCCAGGGCUUUUGGGAAAAGCACACACAGCUGAUAAAGGAAAAUGGACCUGUUUGUGGGUACUACAUUGGCCGUCGUACAUACAUGGUGGUGUCUGAGCCAGAGAUGAUCAAACAUAUCUUAGUGAAGGACUUCAGUAACUUCACCAACAGAAUUACACCAGGACUAGUUUCCAAGCCAGUAGUUGACAGCAUUCUCUGUCUGCGUGAUCAAAGAUGGAAGGAGGUCCGGAGCAUGUUGACCUCAACCUUCAGUGCUGCAAAACUGAAAGAGAUGACUCCGCUAAUAAACCAAGCAUGUGAUGUCUUGCUGAGUAAUUUGAAGGUCUUUGCAGAUUCUGGCAAGGCUUUUGAUAUCCAAAGAUGCUAUGGCUGCUUUACCUUGGAUGUUGUUGGCAGUGUGGCUUUUGGUACUCAAGUGGACUCUCAGAAGAACCCUGAUGAUCCCUUUGUUAAGAACUGCAAGAAGUUUUUUGAAAUUUCCUUGCUCAGACCUAUCCUAAUUCUCACCAUUGCAUUCCCUUUUAUAAUGGUCCCACUGAUCCGGAUUUUACCGAACAAGAAACGAGAUGAAAUUAAUAGAUUUUUUAUCAAAGCCAUAAAGAACAUGAUUGCCUUGAGAGACCAGCAAGAUGUACAUGAGAGACGCAGAGACUUCCUCCAGUUGAUGCUUGAUGCCCGCAGUUCAGCUAGCUCUGUUGCACUGGAACAUUUUGACUUAGUCAGCAAAGCUGAUACUUCAGUUCAGGACCCUGAUCCUUGUGGUGAUAAGGCUCUGCCUACAAAGCUUCAGGUGACAUUAACUGAAGAUGAGAUAGUAGGCCAAGCCUUCCUUUUCCUGAUUGCUGGGUAUGAGACCACCACCAGUGCACUCUCCUUUGCCACCUACCUAUUAGCCACCAACCCAGAGUGCCAGGAGAAGCUGCUGCAAGAGGUGGAUGAGUUCUCUGAAAAACAUGAUGUCCCUGACUACCAAAAUGUGCAAGAACUUGCUUACCUGGAUAUGGUGAUUGCAGAGACCUUGCGCAUGUAUCCCCCUGCAUUCAGAUUUACUCGGGAAGCCUCAAAGGAUUGCGUAGUUAUGGGACAGCAAAUUCCAGCUGGGGUAGUUGUGGAAACUGCAGUUGGAUACCUCCAUUAUAACCCUGAGUUCUGGCCAGAACCUGAGAAGUUCAUCCCUGAGAGGUUUACAGCAGAAGCCAAGAAGCACCGCCACCCCUUUGCAUACCUCCCAUUUGGGGCAGGUCCUCGCAGCUGCAUUGGUUUGAGAAUGGGUUUGCUGGAGACAAAGAUGACCCUGCUGCGGAUCUUGCAGAAGUUCAGAUUUGAAACGUGUCCAGAGACCCAGAUUCCUUUGCAGCUGAAGUCUAUAGCUACUUUAGGACCCAAAAAUGGAGUCUACAUUAAGAUAGUACCUCGAUAAAGUAACAUCUCCAUUCGGGAAACAUUCACAGCACAAGUCUCUUGUUCACCGGCUUGGAUGGAUUGGAAAUAACAUUUUCAAAACCACACUUAACUGAUUUAGGACACUAAGUUGUCUUGAAAGUAAAUGGGAACAUAAAAAAAAAUCAGUCUGAAUCCCACUGACUUUUAAUGGAGCUUAGUCACCUAAGCCAUUUGCGAGCUUUUAAAUUUUUACCCAGGUAUAUUACUGUGAAUAGUCUCUGCAAAAACUCCUUAUUCUUCACUGGUCUUAUAGAUCAUACACUUCCUUUAUUUACACAAGGUUUUGUCCAGGCCUUAGUAUAUGCUAAAAGAGUAUGUCAUCUUGCCUAUACCAGGCUUUUAUGAUGUGCACGAACUCCUAGUCUAGACAAACCUUGAGAGGCAGCACUUUGUCUGCUGGUUUUAGAACAGGAACAGGAAUCAGGUGAACUUAGAUCCUAUUCCAGACGCUGCCAAAGAACAGAGAACAAAUCAUUUUCCAGGGUGUUUUAAUACCUGCAUCUCUGUAGAAUGAAGAUGAUAAUGCAUUCUGCCCUUUGUAAAAUACAUUGAGGCAUUUAUAUUAAAGGUUUGCACAUUUCAUUCAACUUUAGUGUAUGAUGGAUAAGACAGGGGUUUGGGUUGUAGCCGUGAUGGAUAAGACACCAUUUGACAUUGCUUAAAUAAGUUCUUAUAACCAAAAUCAGACCAAAGCAUGAUGUAGCACCUGAUUUGCUACUGAAUUUAAAAUGGUCAGAAGAGCGAGUGAAUUUCACGGUUGAGCUGAAGUGGCUGGUGUAGCAGUCUGCUACACCAUCCGUAGAUGCCUUUCUGUGCUUUUCAGCUGGCGCCACCACCAUUCAGUUCAUUGGCUCAGCGGCAAUGGAGCCUGCCAGAGUCAGUGCUUAAAGUUGUGGGCUAGAAGCAACCUCCGGGGGUAAGUCAGUUCACACAUGCAUUCUUCACUCAACCGAACUUGUCUGAAUAUCAGCCCCGGAGACUACAUUCACAUUCUACACACAUGCCCACACUCAAAUGUUUUCUGUUUUGUACUUCAGGCCCUGUGAUUUAGGAUCCAGGUAUCCAGAAUGCAAAUAUUUCUUUUGUGUAAAUAUGCUGAAGUAUUUUAAAAACCCCUUAAGUGGCAGGCUAUUGACAGCUCUUGUCCCUUUGCUUUACCUGUGACCCGUUGGGGUAGUUUUGGGUAGUGUGCAUUGUAGUCGUGUGAUAAGGUUGCAUAGGUAGGUUAGAGAAGCACUGUUAUGGGAUAGCAAUGAUUCUGCCUUGAGCAGGGGUUUGGGGUAGAUGACCUUCUGAAGUCCCUUCCAGCCCUUCUUUUCUAUAAUUCUCAUGUCUCUAGGAACCAGCUGGGGCAAAGUUUUAAUUCAGCGCUCUCUCUAAGUCAGUGGCUCCCAACCUCGGGCCGUGACCCAAAUCAGGGUCACAGGGGGUUCACCUCUCUCACCUGCAGGUCUCUCCUGGCACACGGUCCGUGUGGCUCUCGCCGCCACUGCCCCCCAUGAUCCCGGCCCAGCCCAGGCUCUGCUGGUGCCACCAGGCAUGAGUAAAUUGGUGGCGGGGGUUGUGACCUGGAUUUAGGGUUGCAGCAAAAAAAAAAGGUGGGGAGCCACUGCUCUAGAUGCUGCUUUCAUCCUCUCCCAGACCGGCUAACAGCCAAGCCACCAUUCUAGGUCACUGCAGGAAGUUCUACCACAAAACCAAGGUAGGUGUCAACAACGUAGACAACGGGCAGUGAUAAAAUAGCAGAUGCACAAGCACUUGGGGUUUUGGUUUUCAGUUUUCUUUAGGCUUCAGAGCCUCAUUUGCACCCACGGCUGAAAUUCUGAAGAUGGACGUGUAGAAGGUUUUAUAUUAUAAAAAGCUCACGACAAAAUUCUCCAUGACAUCUCUGCCAAAGAUCUCAGAGGUAAAGGAGUUCCCCUCAGCACCAGACAGUAUCUGAGCUGAACUCUUAUGAGUACGUCUCAAAACUCUACUUUGUUUAAAAAACAAAAACAGGCUUAAGUUGCCAUGUUUGAAUCCUUGAAAAUAACCCUUUUUGCCAGUUGAAGUAUAUGAAGCCACAUGUUGGCACUCUGGGACCUGGGCUUGUUUGCAGCUGCCUCUUCUUGUCUUAUCACUGAUUCAAGCACUCUUCCAUAAUGAGACCAGAGAAAAUGCUGUCUCAUUCCUUAGUGGUAUGCUCAGAUAUAUAUGUAACAGAUUUACCUGCAGAGAACUGUCACAGUAGCAGCAGAAAGGUACUCAUCAACUUAAACCCUCUGCUGCUGUUCAGCAAUUUUUAACCAUAGUUUAAUUAUCCAAUGGUAUAUUGAGCCUGUUGCAGUGAAUAUGUUCGGCUUUCUUCUCUGGCCACGCUUACCAGGAAUUGUCUGUCAUGGGAUUUUCUUCUAGCUAGAACUCUAGGCACAUAGGGCAUCUUUACAUGUGCUCAGGGGGAGGGGGCGCUUAAAUUAGAGCAGCUCCGAGAGCCACUCUAAUUAAAGCGCCUGCAGUGUCUCGUGUAUUCAGCAUCCCGCACUUCAAAAUGGGGGCAGGGGCACUUUAACUAAAGCUCAUUGAACAAGCUUUAGUUAAAGCACCCCGCCCCCAUUUUGAAGUGUGGGAUGCUGAAUACAUGAGACAUAGAAGCUGCUGGAGCAUGCUAAUUAGCACACUUCAGCACUCAAUUAAUUGAAUCUGCUGCAAUGUGCUAUAAUUACAGUGUAUUGAGCAGCAUCCCCGUGCGUGUACAGGAACCCGUUGUAACUGUAGGCUGCAGGGAUUUAGUCUGUACUUCCACUAUGCUUUUUGUGUUGUGGGGCAUUUAGUGACUUGUUGAAACUUGCCAGUGAAGUAAAAUCCUAACUUGUCUUUUCGACAGAUAACCUACUGUACACACACUACCUUGUAUGCUAUACUAUUUUUCUAAUUACAUUUUGUGGUGAGAGCAUUAUACCUGUAAACUGGAAUAAUGGAUGCAGGCCUCUUACUUCGACUUGAGCACAAAGUAUUUGUCUUUUACUGCAUUUUAUGUACUACCAUAUGAAAGUCCAGGAAGAGCACAGACCAUCUGUAGACUCUUCCUCAGCUUGACGAAGGGUGUUUGUGCCCAAAAGCUUACUAAGAAUUUUUCCAACUACUUGAGUUGGUGUAAUUAAAGAGAUCGCAUUUACUCAAAGAACCUCGUCUGACUAUAUAAAAGUCAGCAUCCAAGGUCAUCUCCUGCUCCUCUGCCCUUCAGAAAAGUUUUCCUGCUUUCCCCCCCACAUUUAAGCUAGCAGGGCCUCCCUUAAAAACAGGACACGCAUUGAGCAUAAAAAUCUUGUGUGUUCUUUAAUUCACUUUUGCGUAGACCAUUCUACAGCUAGCCAAGUAGUCUAGGUUUUCUUAAUGCUACAGUUAAAGAGGGCGGAGAAGAUAGAUGUUUUCACUAAAAUUUGAAAAGAAUUAUGGCAAGACAAUUAUGAUUGAAAUUGCAUUGUGUUUUAAAGGCCUAACUCUCUCUGAAGGGACUUUAUCAGAUAAGUAUUACAGGAGGUGUGGGAUAUGUCCAUUAAAGGAUUGUGUUUUAUUCUGAGCCAACCACUCUAAAUACAAGUUAGAGCAAGUUUAACUAAUAAUGCUUUAUUUUAAAAGGGUAAAUGAAAAAACUGCAGUAGUCACUUUGACAGCUGUCCAUUUCCUGACAAAGCUGCACAAGGGUGACUGUAAAGGGAUGGGUAUUAUCUGCAGCAGUAUUUGACAGAGAAAUUGUCCACAGCUGCAGGUUGAGGGCUUUGCUACAUGGUAAUUUUAGGUGGCUCCUGGAACUCUUAACUCCUGGGUUGGCUGCAUGUUAACACUUUUAAAGCACUUGUUAUGAGGCUCAAAGAUGUGCCACUUCAGGGAAGGAUUCUCUCUAAUUGACAUAACCUUGCUCCUGUUCCAUUGCGUGGCCGCUCCCACAGCCGUUCUGCUGUUCAAACUGAAGUCAUCCAGUAUCCUAGGAUGCAGUGGCCCCCUCUCCCAGCCUCCUGUUCUGUGGGCUCUCAUGCCCCGGGCUCCUUCUGCUAACAUUUCCCACCUAAUGGAUUGCUUUCAACCUAUGCUGGAGGUAGCAGGUAUAAUUCUUAUGGUGAAGGGUGAGGACUCUCCAUGCAGGAAAGGAAGCUGAGAAAAGGAAAUAUAAGCAAGGCAUCAUCCUGCUGCUGCUUUCUUUCCCUCCCUUCUAAGGUGAGUGGUUUUUAGGUUAAUGUCAGAUCUCCCUUUGGGCUAUGACAGGUCCAGAUCAGUUCUAAACAAGCGAGCAUCCUUAGUGCAGGGAAGUAGUCCCAGGCAGCAACCCUCCUACCCCUAGAAAUCAUGUUAAGAGCUGAACGCCAUGGCUGGAAGCUGAUCAUGAUUGUCUCUGGGAUGGAGAGGUAGCUGAGGGCCAAGCACUGGGCAGCCCAUUGGGCAUGCUGAUCAUUACAGAUGAGCAAGGGACAGGGCAGGAGCCUGGUGCCAUAUGUUUGUGGAGUCUGUGUUAUCUUUGCUUCUGCCUUUGCCCAGGCCCUCCAGGCUGCAUCAGUGCCUUUAAAAGGGGCUCUGCUUUCAUUUGCCUGUAACCAGAAGUGGAGGGAGCAGGCUUGGCAGGGUGUCUGCAGACUGGGUAACCCCAAGGCUCAGGCUGGGCUGCGAUCAGGGUAGAGAUGGGGCUGGGAAGGUGGGGGAAAUCAAAGCCCCAGUGCCAGGCAGCAUCACCACUUCCCCCCCACCCCAGUUCUAGUUUGACACAGAAGCCAGGCAUUGGGAUUAGCCAGGCACUGGCCACAGAGCAGGCACCUGCAUACCUCUGGUCACUAUUCCCUUGCCCCCUCCCUCCCAUCUCAGGGAAACCCCUCCCCUUGCUUUGCUAGAACCUGAUCCUUAUCCCACAAUUCUCUCUGAGGAAAGCUUCCCCUCACCCCCAGGACAGCCAGCUCCUGGGGCAUUUCACUUGUAGGCUCUUGGCAGCACAGCUCCACUGUUGCAGGUGGGAAUGGGAGGCAGCGACCUUCUCUGGCAGCCCCCCAGCCUCUCUCGAGGGACCUGCCACCUCCCCUUCCCUGCAGUCUAGAAUGCUGCUGCUGCGGUGGGUGAGAGUCGGGCAAAGAGAAGUAGGGCUGGAAGGGACCUCCCUGCUCACCAGCCCUCUAGUGGCAAAUGGAGCUGUGUAGGUAGGAGGCCAGUCAGACAAGUUUUCUAGACUAAAGGCAUGACUGCUUCAAACUCCAAGCUAGCAUUAAGCCAAACAUUUGUGUGGCUCGUAAGCGUUAGGGGUAACAAGGCCCCAAGACAGAAUUCUCAAAGUCAAUUAGCAUUUUCUUAGGCGCACACAUAGGAAGGCAGUCACAUUUUUAGGCCAGAGGCUGCCUACUUCCUAACCACGUACAAGGGACCUCUUUCCUUUUAAACAGUAGUUGCUGAUAUGGACACCACAUGGUUUUCGUCUUCUCUUAUUACACCUGAGUAUGGAAUGGUCCUAUCUCCCUCACUGUAUUUAGUGGUCUGUGGCAGGGGCGGGCAAUUAUUUUGGGCAGAGGGCUGCUUACUGAGUUUUAGCAAGCGGUCGAGGGCUGUGACUGGAACUCCCGCCCCCUAACCCCUGACCUUUGCCAGCAGAAGUCCCUCCCCCUCCCCACAGAAGUAAUCCUUUCAGCAGGGUAUUUUGCCAUCUCAGAACCAGAAACGAACCAAAUUAUAUUCUAAAAAAUCAAACAGCUACAACAUUCAUUAAUGUGACUCCAAAAAAUAUUUUUGUCCUAAUUCACACGUGUUUGUGUAGUGUACACAGAGGUGACUGCACAAUAGCUUAAAAUGAAGCCUUACUCUUGUAUAUGGUGGGGGGUGGGUAUAGGUUUGUGGGAGCUGUGGGUGUGUGGGUAUGUGGGGAGGGUGGCUAGGGUUUGUGUACGGCAGAGCGAAGGGGGGUGUGAAUGUGUAUGGUGGGGUGUGCGUGAGGGACUCGCCCUAUGAACACACACACGCACUGCCCCAUGCUCCGUGGUCCGGGGAUGCAACUGGGAGCCACAGACACAUGGUGCUGGAGCACAGCGGGGACAGGAAGCAGGGAAAUGGCUGGGGGUGGGUGGGACUGGGCUGCUCAAGCCUGCUGAGGGCUCCCUCUGGGUCCUACUGCCCCUGGAUCCUGUCAGCUUUGACAUGGAGCCAGGGCAAAUAAAUAUUAAUUUACUACAUUUUUUAGGGGCUCCAUGGGCCAUAUUUUGCCCACCCCUGGUGUAUGGACUCUACAAAAAAGGAUGUAUAAUUAAAUUGUUUGCAAUUUUAGCAGAGGCUCUAUUAGUAUGACUUUUGGGCACAGCACCUCAGACAAAGCGGUCCUGCUGAGCCCUACUGAACAUAAUAAAAGCUAUAAAUGACCUCAUGUUUGUAAACAAAGAGCUAAAUUUACCACUUUAUAUCCAUGACUCAUGGUGAAUGCUUGUAUUUCAGGUUUAGCAUAUUCCUUUGAAGAGACAUGAAGCUUCUGAUUUCCGAGAGUUACAAGGAAGGUGGUACAUGAAUAAUUUCUAUAGAAACUGCAAAUAUUUAUGUCUGCCACAAUCUGGUUGCAGGUCUGUUUUAAGAUUACAUGCAACUACUUUUCAAGAGGUCCUAGUCAUUCCCAGGCAGCUGAUAGCAAGCAAAGCCUACUUGAUAAGGAGAAGCUUAUACAUAAAACAUCUUCCCAGAAUGGAUACAUAUACCUGCACUCAUCACAGAGCUGUCGAUGUAAAAAAGUGGUACUUUUAUGCAACUGUUGGGAGAGAAAACAUUUGUAAUCUGCUGCUUUGAAAACGCUGUUCCUGGGGUAGUGGGGAAUGAUGCCUUAAAAUUACUCUUAAUUAAGAAUGUGAAAUGUUACUUCCUUUGCCUUGUUUUACACUGCAAGUUUUCUGUAGUCAUUUCACAAAAUAAAUGUUUUAUGUCACA